GAUGCAUGAGGGGCCCGCGGCGGCGCACGAGUGGUGGUGAUGGUUCGGGAGCGGAGCACAAGUGCACAGGGCUUCUGUGAGGCGUGACAGUUGAUCAUGACGGUGUUCAGGCAGGAAAACGUGGAUGAUUACUACGACACCGGCGAGGAACUUGGCAGCGGGCAGUUUGCUGUCGUGAAGAAAUGCCGGGAGAAAAGCACAGGUCUCCAGUAUGCUGCCAAGUUUAUCAAGAAAAGGCGGACGCGAUCCAGCCGGCGGGGUGUGAGCCGGGAGGACAUCGAGCGGGAGGUCAGCAUCCUCAAGGAGAUCCAGCACCCAAACGUCAUCACCCUGCACGAGGUCUAUGAGAGCAAGACUGAUGUCAUCCUCAUCCUGGAACUCGUUGCAGGUGGCGAGCUGUUUGACUUCUUAGCUGAAAAGGAAUCUUUGACUGAAGAAGAAGCAACAGAAUUUCUCAAGCAAAUUCUCAAUGGGGUUUACUACUUACACUCCCUUCAGAUCGCCCACUUUGAUCUUAAGCCUGAAAACAUAAUGCUUUUGGAUAGAAAUGUCCCCAAGCCUCGGAUCAAGAUCAUUGACUUUGGGUUGGCCCAUAAAAUUGACUUUGGAAACGAAUUCAAAAAUAUAUUUGGGACACCAGAGUUUGUUGCUCCUGAGAUCGUCAACUACGAACCCCUUGGUCUCGAGGCAGACAUGUGGAGCGUCGGCGUCAUAACCUACAUUCUCUUAAGUGGGGCCUCCCCAUUUCUUGGAGACACGAAACAAGAAACCCUCACGAAUGUAUCUGCUGUCAACUACGAAUUUGAGGAAGAGUACUUCAGUAAUACCAGUGCCCUAGCCAAAGAUUUCAUAAGAAGACUUCUAGUCAAGGAUCCCAAAAAGAGGAUGACAAUUCAAGAUAGUUUGCAGCAUCCCUGGAUCAAGCCUAAAGAUACUCAGCAAGCUCUUAGUAGAAAAGCGUCUGCCGUAAACAUGGAGAAAUUCAAGAAGUUUGCAGCCCGAAAAAAGUGGAAACAAUCCGUCCGCCUCAUAUCACUGUGCCAACGAUUGUCCAGGUCGUUCUUGUCCAGGAGUACCCUGAGCGUGGCCAGAAGCGACGACACUCUGGAUGAAGAAGACUCUUUUGUGAUGAAAGCCAUCAUUCAUGCCAUCAAUGAUGACAAUGUUCCAGGCUUGCAACACCUUCUGGGCUCUUUGUCCAACUACGAUGUUAACCAACCCAACAAGCAUGGGACACCUCCAUUACUUAUUGCUGCUGGCUGUGGGAAUAUUCAAAUACUGCAGUUGCUCAUUAAAAGAGGCUCAAGAAUCAAUGUCCAAGAUAAGGGGGGAUCUAAUGCCAUCUAUUGGGCCUCUCGGCAUGGUCAUGUAGAUACCUUGAAGUUUCUCAUUGAGAACAAAUGCCCUCUGGAUGUCAAGGACAAGGCUGGAGAGACGGCCCUUCACGUGGCAGCACGCUAUGGCCAUGCUGACGUGGUUCAGCUCCUGUGCGGUUUUGGCUCCAAUCCCAAUUUCCAGGACAAGGAAGAAGAGACCCCGCUGCACUGUGCCGCCUGGCACGGCUAUCACUCUGUGGCUAAGGCCCUGUGUGAAGCUGGCUGCAACGUGAACAUUAAGAACCGGGAAGGCGAGACCCCCCUCCUUACGGCUUCAGCCCGAGGCUACCACGACAUCGUAGAGUGUCUAGCUGAAUACGGCGCUGACCUGGAUGCCUGCGACAAGGACGGACACAUUGCUCUUCAUCUCGCUGUCCGACGCUGUCAGAUGGAAGUCAUCAAGACCCUGCUCAGCCAAGGAUGCCUGGUGGAUUUCCAAGACAGGCAUGGCAACACCCCUCUCCAUGUGGCCUGCAAAGAUGGCAACGUGCCCAUUGUGGUGGCCCUCUGCGAAGCACACUGCAACCUGGACAUCUCAAACAAGUACGGAAGAACCCCUCUCCAUCUGGCAGCCAACAACGGGAUUCUGGAUGUGGUCCGGUUCCUUUGUCUGACUGGUGCCAACGUGGAAGCGCUCACUUCUGAUGGAAAGACAGCAGAAGACCUCGCUAAGUCAGAGCAGCAUGAACAUGUAGCUGGUCUCCUUGCAAGACUCCGAAAAGACACGCACCGGGCCCUCUUCAUCCAGCAGCUCCGGCCCACGCAGACCCUCCAGCCGAGAAUCAAACUCAAGCUGUUUGGCCACGCGGGUUCUGGCAAAACCACCCUGGUGGAAUCCCUCAAGUGCGGGCUGCUCAGGAGCUUCUUUCGCAGGCGGCGGCCCCGGCUCUCCUCCACCAGCUCCACCCGCUUCCCGCCAUCGCCCCUGGCUUCCAAGCCUGCAGUCUCCGUGAGCAGCAGCAACCUGUACCCUGGCUGUGAGAAUGUGAGCGUGCGCAGCCGCAGCAUGAUGUUUGAGCCGGGGCUCACCAAAGGGGUGCUGGAGGUGUUCGUGGCCCCGCCCCACCACCCGCACUGCUCGGCCGACGACCAGUCCACCAAAGCCAUAGACAUCCAGAACGCCUAUCUGAACGGAGUCGGCGAUUUCAGCGUGUGGGAGUUCUCUGGAAAUCCUGUGUAUUUCUGCUGUUAUGAUUAUUUUGCUGCAAAUGACCCCACCUCAAUCCACGUCAUCGUUUUUAGCCUGGAAGAACCCUACGAGAUCCAGCUGAACCAAGUGAUUUUCUGGCUGAGCUUCCUGAAGUCUCUUGUCCCUGUAGAAGAGGCCAUUGCGUUUGGUGGUAAGCUGAAGAACCCACUGCGAGUCAUCCUGGUGGCCACUCACGCUGACAUCAUGAACAUCCCUCGUCCCGCUGGAGGUGAAUUUGGUUAUGACAAAGACAUGUCAUUGCUGAAAGAGAUCAGGAACAGGUUUGGGAAUGACCUUCAUAUUUCAAAUAAGCUGUUCGUUCUGGAUGCUGGGGCUUCUGGGUCCAAAGACAUGAAGGUACUCCGAAAUCACCUCCAGGAAAUUCGAAGCCAGAUUAUUUCCGCGUGCCCACCAAUGACCCACCUGUGUGAGAAGAUCAUCUGUACACUGCCUUCUUGGAGGAGACUCAAUGGGCCCAACCAGCUCAUGUCACUGCAGCAGUUCAUGUGUGACGUGCAGGACCAGCUGAACCCCCUGGCCAGCGUGGAGGACCUCAGGCGCAUAGCCCAGCAGCUCCACAGCACCGGCGAGAUCAACAUCAUGCAGAGUGAAACGGUCCAGGACGUGCUGCUGCUGGACCCCCGCUGGCUCUGCACCACAGUCCUGGGGAAGCUGCUCUCCGUCGAGACGCCCCGGGCCCUGCACCACUACAGGGGCCGCUACACCGUGGAGGACAUCCAGCGCCUGGUCCCUGACAGUGACGUGGAGGAGCUGCUUCAGAUCCUCGACGCCAUGGACAUCUGCGCCCGGGACCUGAGCAGCGGCACCAUGGUGGACAUACCCUCCCUGAUCAAGACGGACAACCUGCACCGUUCCUGGACCGACGAAGAGGAUGAAGUGAUGGUCUACGGUGGCGUGCGCAUCGUCCCAGUGGAGCACCUCACUCCCUUCCCCUGUGGCAUCUUCCACAAAAUCCAGGUCAACCUCUGCCGGUGGAUCCACCAGCAGAGCACCGAGGGUGAUGCCGACAUCCGCCUGUGGGUGAACGGCUGCAAGAUCGCCAACCGCGGGGCGGAGCUGCUGGUGCUUCUGGUCAACCACGGCCAGGGCGUGGAGGUCCAGGUCCGUGGUCUGGAGACGGACAAGAUCAAGUGCUGCCUCCUGCUGGACUCGGUGUGCAGCACCAUCGAGAACCUCAUGGCCACCACGCUGCCCGGGCUGCUGACCGUGAAGCAUUACUUGAGCCCCCAGCAGCUCAGGGAGCGCCACGAGCCCGUCAUGAUCUACCAGCCCCGGGACUUCUUCCGCGCGCAGACCCUGAAGGAGACCUCGCUGACGAACACCAUGGGGGGCUACAAGGAGAGUUUCAGUAGCAUCAUGUGCUUCGGGUGUCAUGACGUCUACUCUCAGGCCAGCCUCGGGAUGGACAUCCACGCUUCGGAUCUGAACCUCCUGACCCGGAGGAAACUGAGCCGCCUGCUGGACCCACCUGAUCCCAUGGGCAAGGACUGGUGCCUCCUAGCCAUGAACCUGGGCCUCCCUGACCUCGUGGCCAAGUACAACUCCAACAACGGGGCUCCCAGGGAUUUCCUCCCAAGCCCAGUCCACGCCCUGCUCCGGGAAUGGACCGCUUACCCCGAGAGCACGGUUGGCAUCCUCAUGUCCAAACUCAGGGAGCUGGGCCGCCGGGAUGCGGCCGACUUCUUACUGAAGGCGUCCUCUGUGUUCAAGAUCAACCUGGAAGUCAGCGGCCAGGAGGCCUAUGCCUCCAGCUGCAACAGUGGCACGUCCUAUAACUCCAUCAGCUCCGUGGUGUCACGAUGAAGGCCUGGCAGAAGGGCUGCAGCCUCCCUUGCCCAGGGACACCUCUGGGCACCCCGCUCCCCUGCCCCCCUCUUCACCUGCUCCGAGGCCACUACCUCCCGAGCUCUCACUCAUUCCGUUUCUCCUAGGUGAGUGGCCUUCCCCGUUCCCAGGCCCUUGGACACCUAGUAAAUGUCCACUCAGUGGUCCGGGCUCCAUGUCUCGCGCCCCAGCACCUGGCUUCUUCCUGAUCCUUUUACCAGGAUUCUUAACUUUUCAAUAGUUUUUCUUUCUUUCUUCUUCUUCUUUUUUUUUUUUUUUUUAAUUUAUUGAUUGUCCUCUUAAAGAGAAAGAAGAAAAAAAAAAAGCACACAUUGAUCCAAAGUGUGUCUUCCUUAUCCGUUAUUUUCUUUGGGGCACUAUCUGUCUCCUGUGCGUUUCUAUUUUAUACUUGUAAGGAGAACCGCCGCCCACAUCUGGAACCCCACGGUAUGAUUUAUAAACAGACAUUAUGUGAGUGCCUUUUGCAGGAGAGCGUGUGCUGGGAAUCUGGGGCAGCUGGGCAUUGUCACAAAGGAAACCUACCUCUCUCUGUCCCUCACUGCAUGCGGUCAUCCCCAGAGGUGCUUCACCCCUGUUUUGUCUGUGUUCUUGUUUUGUUCCUGGCUAUCUUGGUGUUUUGUUUGGUGAGGAAAGGGCAGAGAGGAGCUCCCUCGAGGGUGGUCUCACGGCCAGUGUUGUUGCUCUGCGACCCUUCUGCAUCUGCUUCUGCUCCGUGUGAUGAUCCCCCCAGAUCCUACCGACUGUCACACUUCAUCAGCCCUCUCAUCUCAGGUAGAAGGUCGGCUCAGUUGCAGGGUGACGGAGACCUGUGUCAACAAGCAGCAGCCAGACCCCCCAGCUAACUCUCCGUUGUCCUUUGUGCAUAGCAGAUGGGUCCCCAUGCGUAGAUCCCAGUUUGACAACUUCCUGUACUUGAAAUUUAAAGACAGACAACAGAAAAUAAAGGAAGCAAUUUUUCUUGCAGUGGUUUUAAAUUGUGAUAGAGUUUAAAAUCGAUAUGAAGGAGAACACGUCCUAAUUCUUCUAUCCCAAGAAGCAUGUAAUUUUACUGCUAUAUCAUAUGUAUAUAUAUGUGGUAUGUAUAUACAUAUAUAUUAAUGCUGGUAUUUUUACUUAAUCUAUAAAAUAUAGUCGAGUUGAGUUUGGUUUUUUGUUGUUCUUUUUUGUCCUUUUCUUUUUUUUUUUAUAAA